AUUUACAGACCCCGCACGCUGCCGCCUUCGCUCCAUUAGCAGCAUUCUCCAUCUCCUUCUUCAGGGCUCGGGUUUUGGAGCUCACCGCGGCGAAGCCCUAGGGUUUUGCCUGCCUUCGCCUUUCUCUGCAUCCUUUCUUCUUCGCCAUGGCUACCUUCGCUGAGGCGCCCAAGGGCAAUGAUAAGGCCGGAGAGAAGAUCUUCAAGACGAAGUGCGCACAGUGCCACGCCGUCGAGAAGGCCGCCGGCCACAAACAAGGUCCUAACCUGCAUGGUCUAUUCGGAAGGACCUCAGGGACCACCCCUGGAUAUGCCUACUCUAAAGCCAACAAAGAUAAGGCCGUCGAAUGGGAAGAAGAGAAGCUGUACGAGUAUUUAUUGAACCCAAAGAAGUAUAUUCCUGGCACCAAGAUGGUUUUCCCCGGCUUGAAGAAGCCACAAGAGCGAGCAGAUCUUAUCGCAUAUUUGAAGAAGUCGACCUCAGAGUAAAUUUUACUGACAAUUUUGGUGUUGAAACCCAACAACUUCUAGUAGAAAUUAGCAGAGGUACACAGGAUCACUUGGAAUGUGUCCGGACCAAGUGAUUUGCCCAAUUCUUUUCAACAUGGGGCGAUUUUGAUAAGCACACUGCAAUAAAGCUAUAGGAUUCUUUCUA